AUGAAGCCUUCUGUUACAGAAUAUUAUGAGGGGAAAACUAUUUUCAUUACUGGAGCAAGUGGUUUUCUUGGAAAGGCCUUAGUCGAAAAAUUACUAAGAUCUUGUCCUGGGAUCAAAACCCUGUACCUUUUGAUGCGGCAGAAGAAAGGUGUAUCGAGUACAGACAGACUUAAAGAGCUAUGCAAUAAUAGAAUAUUCGACAAUCUAAGAGAGAAACAACCUGGAGUUUUCAACAAAGUGAAGCUUGUGGCUGGUGAUAUUUUGGAGGAGGAACUGGGUAUAUCGAAUGACGAUCGUCGCGAAUUACAAGCGCAUUGUAAUAUUGUUUUCCACAGCGCUGCCUGUGUCAGAUUCGAUCAGCCCCUAAAAAGUGCUGUACAAAUGAACACUAUCGGAACCCUGAGAGUUUUGGAAUUAGCUGAAACGAUGGAGAAUAUACAGGCAUUUUUGCACCUCUCAACGGCGUACUGCCGGUGUGACCUAGAAAUCUUAGAGGAAAAGCUAUACCCAGCGGUCCAUCCUCCUAGGAAAAUUAUAGACCUAGUGGAAUGGUUGGAUGAUAAGACCCUCGAAUACUUAGAGCCAAAGCUAAUUUCUUCAGAACCAAACACUUACUCCUAUACAAAGGCUAUUACUGAAGAUUUGGUGGCUGAAUUUAGCUCAAAAAUACCGAUCGCAAUAGGACGACCAUCAAUUGUGACCUCCGCCUGGAAAGAGCCUAUGCCAGGGUGGGUCGACAAUUUGAAUGGACCAACAGGUCUUCUCAUUGGUAGUGGAAAAGGUGUUAUCCGUACAAUGCACUGUGAACCUUCUUAUACAGCCGACGCGAUUCCAGUCGAUGUCGUCGCCAACGGUUGCAUACUGAUAGCAUAUGCCACAGCUAUGGAUGAACCUAAAGAGAUGCGCAUAUUCAAUAUUACAUUGUCAGGAGUUCAAAGGCUAACUUGGGGAGAAAUAAUUGAACUGGGUAGAAAAUGGGUAAUUGAUUACCCCUAUACUAUAGCUUUGUGGUAUCCUGGAGGCACUAUUAAGUCUUCCAAAUUAUACCAUGAACUUAUGGUUAUCCUAUUACAUACUAUUCCAGCAUAUUUGGUAGACAUGCUGCUAUUUCUCUUGGGAAGAAAAACAUUUAUGGUUAGAGUCCAAAAACGUAUCAGCCAUGGCUUGAGCGUUCUCCAGUACUACACAACCAAAGAAUGGCAUUUUAGAAAUACUAACUUCCUAUCAUUACAAAAAAGAAUAAGCGAGGAGGAAAACGAAACUUUCUACACCGAUGUGUCAAAAGUUGUUCCUGAUAUGUACUUAAGAGACUAUGUCAUAGGAACAAGGCACUAUGUUUUAAAAGAAGAUCCUUCAACUUUACCCAGAGCAAGGAAACUAAUAAAAAUACGCUACAUAGUCGAUGUUGUUAUGAAAAUUUUGUUCUGUACGCUCUGCCUGUGGUUUUUAUAUUCGUAUACUGUGGAUAUGUUUCAAGAUGGAACGAUCUACAAAAUUUUAUUU